AUGUUCUGGAAGGACAGCAGCGCCCGGAGCAGCAGCAGCAGCGGCCGGGAGCAGAGCGGCGUCGGCCCCUUUGGCCAGGUGCGCGUCCUCGUCGUCGGCGAUUCAGGUGUCGGUAAAUCUUCGCUGGUGCAUCUCAUCUUAGAAGGCUCUGCUAUUGCUCGACCAGCUCAGACAGUAGGUUGUGCGGUGGGCAUUAAACAUGUUACUUGUGGAAGUGCAGGGGGGUCUUCUAAUAACAUCAGUAAUGAUUCUGAAAGAAAUUUCUUUGUUGAGCUUUGGGAUGUCUCAGGACAUGACCGCUACAAAGCUUGUCGUUCGAUCUUCUAUACACAAAUCAAUGGUGUCAUUUUUGUUUAUGACCUCUCCCAGAGGAAGACCAAGACAAAUUUGAAUAAAUGGGCAGUUGAAGUUGCCGAAACAGGCACCUUUUCAGCCAUACUUGGAUCUGGUGGACCAGGAGGACUUCCAGUGCCUUACCUUGUAAUUGCUAACAAAGUGGAUAUUGUUCCAAGCGAUGGCACUCGAAUCAGAAGCGGAAGUAUUGUUGAUCUUGCUCGUCAAUGGAUUGAAAAGCGGGGUCUUCUUCCUCGUAGUGAAGAACUUCCACUCACAGAGAGUUUUCCUGGGAACUCUGGUCUCAUCUCGGCUGCCAAAGAAGCAAGAUAUGACAAAGAAGCUGUGACCAAGUUUUUCCGCAUGUUGAUCAGGAGAAGAUAUUUCUCGAACGAACCUGCUGUGCCAAGUCCCUGGUCUCUUACUCCAAGGGAAGAUAGCAUCCUUCCUGUAGUGACCCGCAAAGAUGAUACCGAUAACUUUCAAAGGAAAAGCUAUAGCGGCGAGGAUUUCAUGUUCAAUGGGGUACCACCACUUCCGGCACAAAGGAACCUCCCACCACCACCAACUCUCGACCCACAGCUGCCGGUGUUUUCUUCAGAUAACGACAGAUAUCACAGAUUCUCCUCGCCAUCGCUUACUGAGAUAAGCAGCAAUAGAACAAUAAGCAGCAAUAGAACAAGUCGUGAAAAUUUUAAUGUAUAA